GAGUAGGAGUUGGACGAGAGUGACUGACUGAAUCCGAUUUCGGAUGAGAGACGGUUCCGACGGUUGAUGGGCAAUUGGGCAUGUCUAAACAAUUUAGUGGUCUAAGCUGGUGUUCGGUAGCGCUGAAUCGACCUCUGAACAUCGAAAUUUUUGCUUUUCAGGUCGUUCAGCAGCACCUCCAAACUCAACCUUUGAAAUCUGAAAAUUCCCCCGAAUCGUUCAGCGGAUCUCCUAAGUCCUACCUCAGAACGCGCUCAGGCCUCAGAGGUAGCGGAUGAUAUUUUGUUCCCCAAAAUGCCCAUUUAUAUUUUCGUUCUCCUGUUCUUCUUCCCUCCUCCCUUUCUCCUUUGUUCCUCCCUCCACCGUAUUCUUCUGUAACAGGGAUCGUCUAACAGGAAUCAACUGUGGUGAACAGAGGAGUGGUGUAACAAGAUUGCCAAUUGUCCUCUGUAAGAGCGUAAUAGGGAUCCUGACCGUUCCCCAUCUCUUCUUCUUUCUAGCCGCUACGGUGAACAGAGGAUCGAUGAACUAGGAUCGCCGAUUCAGCGCUACCGAACACCACCUCAGAAUUGCCAAUUGUCCUCUGGAUGGAGAAGAAAAAAAAUAUAAUGAAAUAAAAGGAGGAGGAGGGAGAACGAGAAAGAGGGAAAGCAAAUGGAGAGAAGUGAAGAUGGGGAGGAGAAGCAGUGGCGUUGUUCUUAACGUCGCCGCUCGCGAAGCAUAGCAGGUAUUUCAUGGCUGCACCAAAGACUGGAAGGCUUUCUCCAAGUGGAGUCCUUCUAAUGGCGGCCUCGACUAUUUGCAGGAUCGAGUAGGUUCUUCUGUUGUAGAGGCUAUGUUUUCCAGAUCCGCUCCAGUUUUCUAUGGUGAUAUUAGAAGCCAUGAGAGGGUUCCAUUACCUUUUUCCACUUUUAUUGCUUCAUGCAAAAUGCAUCAACAAGAUGCAGAUGAUGCAGCUGGUGUUUGUGUUCAAUCAGAUGGGAAUGGAUAUACAGGGUCUUAUGUAGAGCAAACCUGUGCAGCAUUUGAAGAUGCUCCUCAUCAAGUUUAUUUAGCGCAGGUACCAAUUUUGAAUAACGAGAAUGAGGAGAUUUCUCAAUUGGAAAUACUAAGAGAUGAUAUUCAAAUGCCUACAAUCUUGGAAUUAAAAGAAUUAGCUUCUAUCAAUCUAUGGAUGAAUAACUCUCAAUCUAGAUCUAGUACUCAUUAUGAUCCACAUAAUAACCUUCUAUGCAUAGUUGCUGGAUGCAAACAAGUGGUUUUAUGGCCCCCUUCUGCAAGUUCAUUGUUAUAUCCAAUGUCCAUAUAUGGAGAGGCCUCAAACCAUAGUUCUGUUGAUCUAGAAAACCCUGAUUUUUUUAUUCAUUCAAGAGCAAAAUACUCAACAGAGUACUCCCAAAAGGUCAUUCUGCAUGCAGGUGAUGCACUUUUUAUUCCUGAAGGCUGGUUCCAUCAAGUGAAUAGUGAUAAGUUAACCAUUGCUGUAAACUUCUGGUGGCGGUCCAACAUGAUGUCUAACAUGUUAGAACACAUGGAUUCAUAUUAUUUGCGGAGAAUAUUAAGAAGAUUGGUUGACAAAGAAAUGAAUCGAAUGUUGCAUAGGAGUUCAGUUGGUCACUGGAAGCCUGAAAACCAUAUGCUUGAGCAGCCUAGUAAUGGGGAAGCAGGGAAUUUUGAUUACCAUUUGGAUAAGCAGUCUGAAAGCAAGGACUUAAAAGAGAAGAGCCAAAGGGAGGUAACGAUGUUGAAUCAGCUGGAGCCUCUUGCACUACAGGCACUUCAUGAACUUGUAUCUCUGGUUCAUGACAGUGUUGAACUUGCUGGUCAAAACCACCCAGUGGAUUCUGCUUCUGACAACUCUGGAGUUAGUAUGAAAGAAAUUGGACACCAGAAGAUUGUGACAGCUGAUAAAUUUAACUUGGAGGAUGAUCCGAUCGCUAACAUCCUUUGGCCUCUUGAGCCACUCAUGCUUCACAACAUCUUUAUGGUCAUGGUGCACAAUUUCCCAAGAACCUUGGAAGCUCUAAUACUGCACAUGCUUUCACCAGUGGGGGCAGAAGUUCUUACCCAGAAAUUUGAUGACAUGGACAAGCAGAUCACAAAAGAAGAACAGAACAAGUUCUAUCAAGCAUUUUAUGGUGUAUUUGAUGACCAGUUUGCUGCAAUGAAUGCAAUUCUUAAUGGGAAAGAAUCAUUUGCGCACCAGGCAUUCAGAAAUGUGUUGGAUCUCUACUUGGGAGUGACUUAUGAUGGAUGCAAGCUACCAGUUCGGUGAGGUAUCUUAACCAUGUGCACUACUUGUGAAAUUAUCCUGGUUGUCAGGUUUUUUUUUACUCAUUUAAAUUUUUGUAAAGAUCGUUAUGUUCUCGAAUCUCGAUAGUUACCGCUGAAAUAUCCACAGCUAAUUUUCAGUCUUUUGACGAGAUUUUUUUUCCCUUGUUGAUCUGAGAUCAAGUCUUGUAAUAUACACAUGGAGGAGAAUAUAAAUGAUUGUCGACUUUAGAUAUCCAAGGAGAUGAUCUACAGUCUAAUAUUUGCCAUAUGGUGCAGUUUCUUCUCGAAGUUGUUCUUCACUA